AUGAAGGAAGUUCUCAGGGCUGAACAGAAACGAUCCCAGAUGGGAGUCUGCAACGCAGGAGGAAGAAGAGAGCAGGAAAUGGCAGAAGUCCUAAACGACACCCUCCGACUGAGAAAUUAUCUUUGGAGACUGCACAGGCUGGAAGCCGUGCUGUGUGUCAACCGCGACCUGCAGGACGCCCGCCACAGGCCUUUUGGACUUCUUGGGCUACCGUCGUCACGUGCUCCGCCCGCAGCUUCCCUCUGCGCCUGCGCGCUGCCGGCCCGCAGUCCAUUUCGCCUGCCGCGGGGAAGGACGUUUGUGUGGAGGACCGUCGCUACCAUGUCGGGCACAUUGGCAAAGCCUCAGAUGCGAGGUCUUCUGGCCAAGCGUCUGCGGAUUCACAUUGUUGGAGCGCUCAUUGCCUCUCUGGGGGUCUCAGCUCUCUAUAAGUUUGGUGUGGCUGAACCAAGAAAGAAGGCAUAUGCAGAUUUCUACAGGAAUUAUGAUUCCAUGAAGGAUUUUGAAGAGAUGAAGAAGGCUGGUAUCUUUCAGAGUUGUACAAAGUGAACAUGGAAUGUAAAGAAUUGCUUUGGAUUGACCUGUGUUCCUGAACUAUGAAACAUGAAUAUCUGGGAUAAUGAAUAGUUCCUCUUUAUGAAUAAACAAAUACUGUGGACC